GCGGAGGGGCGCGAGGUUUCAAGAUGGCGGUGGCCAGGCGCCUAUCCGGGCGGCGGAGGUGAAGGCCCCGACCAAGUGGGAGGCUGCCGGGGGGAGUCGCGUAGCCGUUUUCCGGCGCCCCGGAGCCCCGCGCGGGUUUCUGCCCAUUUCUUUUUCCUCUUUAAGUAGUAAAGUGAACUCCCCAGCUUGUCACCAUGGGACGAAGAUCAACCUCCUCCACCAAGAGUGGGAAGUUCAUGAACCCCACAGACCAAGCCCGAAAGGAAGCCCGGAAAAGAGAAUUAAAGAAGAACAAAAAGCAGCGCAUGAUGGUGCGGGCUGCGGUCCUGAAGAUGAAGGACCCCAAGCAGAUCAUCCGCGACAUGGAGAAGUUGGACGAAAUGGAGUUUAACCCCGUGCAGCAGCCUCAGCUGAACGAGAAGGUGCUGAAAGACAAGCGCAAAAAGCUGCGCGAGACCUUUGAGCGCAUCCUGCGGCUCUAUGAGAAAGAGAACCCAGACAUCUACAAGGAGCUGCGGAAGCUGGAAGUGGAGUACGAGCAGAAGCGGGCCCAGCUCAGCCAGUACUUCGAUGCUGUCAAGAACGCGCAGCACGUGGAGGUGGAGAGCAUCCCCCUGCCGGACAUGCCGCACGCGCCCUCCAACAUCCUCAUCCAGGACAUCCCGCUGCCCGGGGCGCAGCCGCCCUCCAUCCUCAAGAAGACUUCGGCCUACGGGCCCCAGUCCCGGGCCGUGUCCAUCCUGCCGCUGCCGGGCCAUGGCGUGCCGCGCCUGCCGCCGGGCCGGAAGCCGCCCGGGCCUCCGCCGGGGCCGCCGCCGCCGCAGGUGCUGCAGGUGUACGGGCGCAAGGUGGGCUUCGCGCUGGACCUGCCCGCGCGCCGGCGGGAGGCGGACGCGCUCUACAGCCCCGAGCUGGCGCAGCGCGGCCACGACGAGGAGGCGUCGAGCACCAGCGAGGACGACGGCUACCCCGAGGACAUGGAGCCCGACAAGCCCGGCGACAGCUCGGACGACAGCGACUCGGACCGCUCGGACGCCGACAGCGACGCCGACGACUUCGCGCGCCGCGACGACGGCGAGCGCGACCACGCCGACGACAAGAAGGCCGGCCUGAGCGUGCGCUUCGCCGACAUGCCCGGGAAGCCGCGCCGCAAGAAGAAGAACAUGAAGGAGCUGACGCCGCUGCAGGCCACCAUGCUGCGCAUGGGUCCUCUCACCGAAAGCUCUGCAGACCGCAAACCCGCGUCCUCCUCGCGCAAACCGCGGGAUCCUCGUCCCUCCCAUGGCGUCCGCUUCCUCCCCUCCGACGUUCGCACCUCAGAAAUCCACGCGGAGCCCGUCCAGCCCUGA